UGAGAAAGUGCAGGGCUUGUGUUACGCCUCACACACCCGCCAGCUCAUCUCCUGCAGCUCAGAUGGAAGCAUCGUCAUCUGGAACAUGGAUGUAACUCGACAGGAGACACCUGAGUGGCUGGACAGUGACUCCUGUCAGAAGUGUGAGCAGCCUUUCUUCUGGAACUUCAAACAGAUGUGGGACAGUAAGAAGAUCGGCCUUCGACAGCACCACUGCAGGAAGUGUGGCCAGGCCGUGUGCGGCAAGUGUUCGUCGAAACGCUCCACCAUCCCCCUCAUGGGCUUCGAGUUUGAGGUGCGCGUGUGUGACAGCUGCCACGAGUCCAUCACUGACGAGGACCGAGCGCCCACAGCCACCUUCCAUGACAGCAAGCACAACAUUGUUCACAUGCACUACGAGCCCACAACUGGAAACCUGCUCACCUCUGGCACCGACAAGGCUGUCAAGCUGUGGGACAUGACUCCUGUGGUGUCCUGAGUCUGUGUGGACAGGAGCUGCUCCACAGACAGGACUGCGAUGGUGUUGUGGCAGCAGUCGCACUCUGAGGGGAGAAGAGAGAGGCUUUCCAACAAACAACUGUGUCAUCUGGAUAAUAUUUAACAACUGUUUGACAGUGAAGACACUGCAGGCCAGUGAAGACUGAGAACAGGACAAGUCUUCACCAGACUUACAGACACGCUGUGCCACUGACGGGUCUGUCUGGACUCACAUAUUUUGUGGCAUUUCACUUAAGAAGUAAUUAUCACACCAUAAUAAUUUAAUUUCUAUUCCUUUUUUGUUUAUUUAAUACUGUAAAGUCUUAAAACUUACUAAACUUCAGAUUUUUCUAGAUGUGAAGCAUGUUAUUAAACUGGACUCAGACCAGAUCUUGACCUGAACACAUCUGUGAUAUGAAGAAGUUUGAUCAUUUUUUGAUCAGAUCCCUUCAGGCCUGUGAAAUCAGCUGUGAACGUCGCCCCCUGCUGGCUAAAUCUGGAUUAUAAUUGUUCACAAUUUCACCACUUUUUGGUGAAAAGACAAGAAGUCUUGACCAAUCUGCAUUAAAUACAUUUUUAAAUGGUAUUUAUUUUCAAAAAGAAUGAUGAUAAUAUAUAAAAUAAUUGUGUUUUAGGUUGUGACUCGAUCAGAUCCCAGUUGUGUUAAAAUUAGUUUUUGUCAUGUUCUGUCUGCACCAAAUUAAGCUCUUUGUUUCCUCCUUCUGUCACUUUUGAUUACUUUAACUUACAGCUAAUAAUUUUACUGUGACAAUGAUGAGCAGCUAAAUCUUACACAACUUAAUUUUACGUACAUUUUCUCUGUGCAGUUGUGUGGACUGAUUACAUCUGCAGUUUCACGUAAAAAACACACUUCUUUGUGUCAUUUCUCCUCUGACAGCAGGUCCUGCCGGUGUUUGCAGAACCUCUAACCUGCUCAUAAAAUCCUGAACAAACAAAAACAAACAGUACGUGCAGCUUGAAUACCUUCAGGAUGACUGAAGUGAUCACUGCUGUAUUGUUUUAAGUUGAACGUUUGAGAUGUGACGUGUUUACAGAGACCGACAGCUCACAUUCUUACUGAUCUUUAAAAUCAACAGUGUCCUGUGAGCAUUAUUGAGUAUUACUGUCUGGCUGUUUUGUGUCUGUUGUAUUUUUUGUUUGUUGUUAAUUGUUAAUGCACUGGAAUCAAGAAGGAAAAAUAUUACAUAAAUAACUUCUGUGAAGAAAAACACUUUUUUUUUUGUAAUGUCACUCUUGUGCUUUAACUAGAUUUUUCCCCCAAAGAUGUCUGCAUGAGUUUUAUAUUUAUAAAGUAUCUGAAAGAGACUCUGUGGGCAUUUAGACCUUGAUGGUGUAAAUAAUGGUUAUUGGUUUAAUAAUGGUUUGUUUUGGUCAUAAGUUUAUUUAGUCUUUUUCUUUUCUUACUAGUUUCUAUAAACAAAGAUCUCAUCUUGUACAAACUGAAUUUAGGAUUAAACAAAUGUGAUAAAUGGACAUGUGAUGUGCAAAAUCUCUUACUACACAGGAAAAUAAAUACUUAAUGCAUUUAAAAAUCAUUAACAGAUUAAACUUGUGGCCAGUGGUUUGUGUUGUGCAGGAACAGAUGUUUCAGAGUGACUGGAUGACAUUAAACGCAYCACGUUUGAGUGACAGCUGAGUCAGAACUGCUUAUUAAAUUGUAAUAAACUGUAAAGCUGUGCAGAUUUUCUUUUUUAAAUAUCUCCUGAAUCACCACAGAUCUGAAUAAAGCUCUAGAAAAUUA